AUGAAACAUUCAUGUUCAGCAAAGAAUGAAGCUGAUUUAUAUAAUGAAUUUGAAAAAGAAAGUUGUGUUUUAAUUAUACAAGAAACAUUAUCGUUUAUAGGAUUUUUAGGAUUAUUAUUAAAUAGAUUUAAAUUGGAUGUAUCAUUAAAAUCAUAUAUUAGAGUAUUCACAGACGAUGGCUGUAGAAUUAAAUCUUUAAAAAAGACAUACAAUAACCAAAUAAUUAAUUUUAAAAUUUCAACAUUAUCAGAUGAAGAUCCAGAAGAUGAGAAAACAAAUAAACUAUUAACAAAAUCACAAGAAUAUGCUCAAGAAAUUUUAGAAAAAUCUGAAUUCUUAAAGAAAUCACAAUUAAAUUAUUUAAAAUUAUUUAGUCAUACAAAUGAAAAUCAAAAUUUAUUUUAUAAUAAUGUGAUUACAAAAUUAAUAACAUAUACUUCUCCUCCUCCUUUACAAAAUAACAAUAAUAAUAAUAGAGAACCAUCUACAACAACAGCAGCAGCAAUAAUGGAAUCACCUAAUAAUAAAUUAAAAACAUUUUUAAUAAUUGGAGAAUCAUAUCCAUAUCGUUGUAAAGUAUUAAUUUCAGAAAUAAAUAAUCCAUCAAGAAUAUGGGUAUACUUUAUUGAAGAAUCAUCAUCAAUUAAAGGAUUUAAAAUUGAAAUUGUAGUUGAAAAUGAUGAAUUGAAAAAUGAUACAAAUAGUGAACUGAAUUUAUUUAUGAAAAGUUUAGAACUCUUUCAUUUAAUUGAAAAUAAAGAAAAUGUUAUAGAGAUAGUAGAAUAUUUAGAAAAUUAUUAUAAAUCUAAUUUAAUAAAUUUUAUUGAUGAAGAUGAAGAUAAUAAUAAAAAUAAUAAAAAACCAAUUAAUAAAUAUGGAAAACUUUCAAAUGAUUUAUUUCAAGAUUUUAAAAAUUGUAAAACAGUAACUAGAAAUAAAUUAUUGGAUGAAUGUUAUUCAAGUAUUUCAAAAGUUUCAACUUAUUAUGAUAUACCAAUAUCGUUAUCUAGAAAAUUAUUAUUUCAAAAUCAAUGGAAACAAAGACAAAUCAUUGGAAUUUUAAAAGAUAAAGAAAAGAAUUUAUUAAAUAUUAAAUCAUUUAGUUGUGCACAUCGUGUUAAAGAUAUUUCAUUAGUUAAAUUUAAUUCAUUACAAUAUCAAGAGGAAGACCCAAUUGUUGAUAUUGAAUGUUCAAUUUGUUAUUGUGAAUAUUCACCAAAAGAUGAAAUGAUGAUUGAAUUAAUAUGUGGUCAUAGAUUUUGUAAAGAUUGUAUGAAUAAUUAUUUCAAAAUUUCAAUUCAAGAUGGUAAUGGUGCAAUGAAUCAAAUAAAGUGUCCACAAACUCAAUGUUUAAAUAAUUGUAUCGAUGAAGUUACCAUCGAAACAAUCUUAAUUGAAAAUAAUGGUAAAAAAGAAAACAAUCAAAUUUAUUUAAAAAAGAGUUUAAAUAAUUUUAUUAAAGAUGUAAUUUAUUCUAGACCAAAUACAUUUAAAUGUCCAGAAUUAAAUUGUAAUAGAUUAUUAUUACUUGAUAGAGAUAAUAAUAAUAAUUAUAGAAAUAAUAAUAGAAAUAAUAAUAAUAAUAAUAAUAAUAAUAAUAAUUGUUGUUAUUAUUCACCAUAUGUUCAAUGUAAUGAUAACCAUAUAUUUUGUUUAUAUUGUAAACAACCUGGAUUACAUUGGCCAUCAGCAUGUAAUAAAAGUGUAGAUUUAUAUAAUGAGCUAUUAAAUUAUUCAUGGAUUAUAAAUAAUACAACAAUUUGUAAAAGAUGUAAAUAUCCAAUUGAAAAGAAUGGUGGUUGUAAUCAUGUGACUUGUUCAAGAUGUUAUUUUCAAUUUUGUUAUGUUUGUGGUGAAGAUUUUUUAAAACAUUCCAAAACCACCGUGACUAAUUGUACAUUAAAAAAUGGUGUUGUUAGUUUUUUAGAAAUUUUCUCAACGAAAACUAAUGAUUUCGAAAUUAAAUUUUUAGAGACAUUCUUAACUCAUGGUUCAUUUCAUUGUGGUGAUUCAGUGGUUUCUCAUAUUUAUAAUUCAUUCAUUACAACAAUUACUGAUGGUAAAUUUUCAAAUAAAGAUCACUUGAAAUCUCUUCAAACUUUAGUUUUAUCUUUAUUCAAUUUAGUAAAUUCAAAAGCAAAUUCACUUGAAGAGAAAUCAAAUUUAUUUUCAACUCAAAAAAUUUUUAAAAAAUUAUUAUCACCAAUUUCAAAUCCAAAUGAAAAAAUUUUAUUUCCAAUUGUUAAAUCAUUUUAUAGAGAAAUUUAUGGCAUAAAGAAUUAUAAUAAUAAUGAUAGUAAUAAUAAUAUUGAUAAUAAUAAAUUAGUUAAUUCAUUAUCAGUUACAAUUUGUUUGAAUGGAUCAAAGAAAUCAUUAUUUAAAUUAUUUGUAAAUUCUCAAUUCCACCAAUUUAAGGAAGAAAUCGUUUCACUAUUAAAUAAAACUAUAAUUGGAAAUGACCAAAUUGAAUAUGAUUCAAAGAAAAUUAGAUUAUAUAAUCUAUAUGGUGGUCAAAUUAAAAAUUCAAAUGAAAUUUUAAAUAAUGAAGCUAUCUUUAUAACUCAUUCAAUUUUUGAAACUUUUAUUCAAGAUCCCCAAUUACCAAACCAAGAAGAAAAAGAAAAAGGAGAGGAAGAAGAAGAAGAUGAGGAUGAAGAAGAUGAAAUUAAUAAUCAAAAUAAUAAAGAAUCACUUUGUUGUUCUAAAAAAGAAAAAAGAAAGAAUGAUAUAAUGAAAUUAAAAGAAAUGAUCCAAACUAAAUUAAAGGUUAAACAAGAUUUUGAAAAUUAUGGUAUUACUGAUAGCCUGGACCAAACUGAACAAGAAUACACCACUGAAGAACUAUUCAAUCAAUUUUAUAUUCAUAAAAAUUCAUUACUUAAUAAUAUCAAUCAAAACAACAACAACAACAACAAUAAUAGUGAAAAUGAAGAGGAAGAAAAAGAAGAAGAAGUAGAAGUAGAAGAAGAGGAAGGAGAAGAAGGAAAAAAUCAAAAUGUAAAUGAGCAAGUUAAAAGAGAAAAACAAGUUGAAUUGGCAUGGAGUGUUAUGGAAAAUUUUAAUGAAGUUGACGAAGCUAUAUUAGAUUUCGAUAGAGUAUUAAAAGAAAUCAUUCUUAAUGAUAUUACAGAUUUUGAAAGUGCAAUUGAAACCAUCACAUUAAUAUUAAAACACAGUUUUGUUUAUGAUAAUUAUGAAUAUGACACUGUGUUUGAAUCUUAUUUAGAAAGUGUCAAUGGUGAAGAAUAUUAUGACCACGAUGAGGAUUUAGCUUUAUCCAAAAUUUAUAAAAAAUCUGUCAGUAAAUUUUAA